ACGUGAUGUGCCUGACGUUUCUGCUCAUUUGCUUCGGUUGCAGUUCGAGCAUGGAGGAGGAUAGCAACGCGCUGAUUUUGCCCUGCAAGAGGAAGAACAAGGCGCAAGGUUCGAGCAUGGAGGGGGAUAGCAACGCCCUGAUUUUGCCCUGCAAGAGGAAGAACAACGCGCAAGGGAAAGGCAAGGAUGGCAAGAAAAACAAGGGCAAGGAGGACCCUAAGAUGAGCAAGACUCAGCUAAAGAAGCUGCACAAAUUGGUGGAAGAAAAGCAAAAGAAGGCACUGCAAGCAAAGAGCAUCGAAACUUUGCAGGAGCACAGGAUUGCUGAUGAUGUAUAUUCACUGCUGCACACUACGGGAUCUAUUGGUCAAGCCGAUACUAUGAAAGAAAAACGUAGGCGUGCUGUGCAGUUCUCCAAGGCUGGUUUAGAUGUACCUGAAGAACUUUCGCUAUUUAAGAAAAACUGUGAUCGGAAAGGUGUUCCUGAAGACAGCGAAGCUGUGCUAGAAGCUUCCCCAGUGAAGUUUAUUAAGGCAGCAAAACAUGAUUAUCCUGGCAGUGAACGAAAGGAUCAUGAGAAUGAUUCAGUGAAACCUAUGAUGGGUUUUGGCGUGAGCAUUCUGGAACAAAAAACUGAAGGGACUAAAAAUGAUGCUGGCAUUUCGGUACAUCAGAGCAUUCCGGAACAAAAAACUGAGACUAAUGAUGAUGCUGACAUUUUGGCACAUCAUACAGUUCAGUCAUCUGUGCCAAAUUGCUCUGCCGCAGAGAUAGAUUUGCAGGAUGAAGAGCCACAACAAAGUGAAGCUUCUGUACAGGAGUGCUUCAAUCUUCCAAUUGUGGUGCCUGUGUCAAGACCACCUGAGGUUGAGAAGGCGAGGAGGGAUCUCCCAAUAAUAAUGAUGGAGCAGGAAAUAAUGGAAGCUAUCUACGAAAAUUCUGUGGUAAUUCUGUGUGGAGAAACAGGCUGUGGUAAAACUACUCAGGUCCCUCAGUUCUUAUACGAAGCCGGCUUUGGCACAAGCAAUCGAGCUGAUAGAAAAGGGAUGAUUGGUAUCACCCAACCACGGCGUGUUGCUGUUCUUGCCACAUCCAAGCGGGUGUCUUAUGAGUUAGGACUUAAGCUAGGAAAGGAGGUUGGUUUUCAAGUUAGGCAUGAUAAACAGGUUGGAAGUAAAUGUUCCAUCAAGUUUAUGACAGAUGGUAUUUUGCUGCGAGAGGUUCAGGGUGACAUUCUGUUGAAAAAAUAUUCGGUGAUCAUCUUGGACGAGGCACAUGAAAGGAGUUUGAACACAGAUAUACUUAUCGGGAUGCUUUCUAGAAUUAUAAAUCUUCGCAAGGAUACGAUUGCAGCUCAACAGAAAGCAAUACGCUCUGGGAUGAACAUUAAGCCAGAAGAUAUGAUUAGUCCGCUGAAAGUGGUGCUGAUGAGUGCUACCUUGCAAUUAAAGGAUUUUAUUUCAAACAGAAGAUUGUUUGAUGUGAUUCCACCCGCUGUAGAGGUACCUGCACGACAAUUUCCAGUAACAGUUCACUUCACAAAGAAGACACAUGACGAUUAUUUGUCACAAGCUUAUAAAAAGGUUCUGUCAAUCCACAAGAAUCUACCACCAGGUGGAAUCCUUGUAUUUGUUACUGGACAACGAGAAGUGGAUUAUUUAUGUAAAAAACUGCAAAGAGCAUCCAAGCGGCAAAUUGGUAAGAAGCCUGAACGGGUUGGAGAUGAGUAUGGUUCAAGAACAGAAAUAGAUGAGAAGGAAAUUUUUGAAGCAUAUGAUAUUGAUAGAACUGAACCUGAGCACCAAGACGGCAUGUUUUCCUCAUAUGGUGAAGAUGAAAUGGAUGAUGGGCUAAACGUCGAUUCUUCUGAUGCUGAAACAGAGAGUGAGAUGGAGACUGACAGUGAUGAUGAGGAUUCCAUUGCACAUGAAACUGCAGAAGAUGGACCAGUGUUAUCAUCUUUGAAAGGUGCUGUGAGUUCAUCUGUACUGAAGGCGUCCUUUAAAGCUAUAUCAGGAAUAUCAGGAGAACCGGAAACUGCUGAGGAAUUGAGCAAUGCGACAAAUGCGGAGAAGUCAAAUCCUUCUAUUCCUUUCAGUAAAUGUACAGAUCCUAAAUCUGUUUCACGUGCUAGGCUUCAUGUUUUACCACUGUAUGCAAUGCUACCAGCUUCGCAGCAGCUUAGAGUGUUUCACGAUAUCCCCGAAGGAGAAAGAUUAGUUGUUGUGGCAACUAAUGUUGCAGAAACCUCUUUAACGAUUCCUGGUAUAACAUAUGUGGUUGAUACUGGAAAAGAAAAGGUUAAGAACUAUGAUCAUGCCACGGGGAUGGCAAGUUAUGAAGUCCAGUGGAUAAGCAAGGCAUCAGCAUCCCAACGUGCUGGGAGAGCUGGAAGAACUGGGCCUGGCCACUGUUACCGUCUCUACUCAGGUGCAGCAUAUGGUAAAGAUGAUUUAUUUCCUGAGUUCUCUGAGCCAGAGAUCAAGAAAAUGCCAGUUGAAGGCAUUGUGCUUAUGCUCAAGUUUAUGACAAUAAAUAAGGUUGUAAACUUUCCUUUCCCUACGCCUCCUAACAAGGAAAGUUUGGUUGAAGCUGAGUGUUGCUUGAAGACAUUAGAAGCACUUGACAGCGAAGGAAUACCUACAUCAAUGGGAAAGGCUAUGGCGCAAUACCCCAUGAGCCCACGGCAUUCCCGUCUUCUUCUGACAAUAAUUAAAAUUUUGAAGAGUCAGCAAGGCUGUACUAGAUCUAACUUAAUAUUGGGAUACGCAACUGCUGCUGCAUCAGCUUUGAGUUAUGUGAAUCCUUUUCUCAUUCAGGGAGACACUAGUAGAGAAUCAAACCAGGAUGGCUCUGAUCCAGAACAUAAGGAUCAGAAUGAAAGAAAGAGACAGAAGAAGCUCAAGGCCAUGGUUCAAGAGGCACGGAAGGAUUUUUCCAUCCCUAGUAGUGAUGCUUUAACCAUUGCUCAUGCUUUGCGGUCAUUUGAGUGUUCAAGGAACCCAGUGGAAUUCUGCAGAGAUUACUCCCUACACCUCAAAACAAUGGAAGAGAUGUCGAAAUUGAGAAAGCAGCUUCUUCGAUUAAUAUUCCACCAUAGCAAAUCUUGUGAUGAAUUUGCUUGGAAUUUCGGAGGUCCUGGGGAUGUUGAACAGGCCUGGAGGAGUGAAACCGACAAAAAACCAAUGCUGAAUGAAGAGGAACUUCUGGGGCAAGGAAUAUGUGCUGGGUGGGCCGAUAGGGUUGCAAAGAAGAUUAACACUUUCUCUGGAUUGUCAAAAGAGGAUCGAAAGGUUCGAGCUGCACGUUAUCAAUCUUGCAUCCUCGAUGAUACAAUAUAUCUCCACCGAGCAUCUUCUGUUACCCAAAUUCCACCAGAGUAUGUAGUUUACUCUGAGCUACUAAAUACAAAGAGAUCAUACAUGCAUGGCGUGACCAGUGUAAAGCCAGGAUGGCUGUUGAAAUAUGCCAGUUCUCUCUGCACCUUCUCAGCACCACUGGAGGAUCCAAAACCCUACUACGAGCCUAAGAGUGACCAGGUCUACUGCUAUGUUAGUCCCAUCUUUUCUCGACAUAAUUGGCAGCUUCCACUGCACAGUUUACCCAUCAAAGACCCCACCAGUCGGUUGCAGAUAUUUGCAUGGGCUUUGCUGAAAGGGGAUGUCUUGCCGUGUCUAAGGGUGGUUCAGAAGUUCCUGUCUCUGUCGCCAUCUGCUGUCCUUGGGCCUGCCAGCCAAAGAAGAGUUGGAGAUCUUCUUAGCAGGAUGAAGAAUGGUGAAAAAUUAAUAGACAGCCGGGCAGCAUUGAGACAUAAAUGGAGUACCGAUCCAGAUUUUCUUUAUCCUGAGAUUCAUGCAUGGAUACAGGGAAAGUAUCAGAGCCAGUUUGACGCAAUAUGGGAACAAAUGCACCAGGAAGUUCGGCUCGAGGGACAUGAACUUUUCCCAAAGAGGUUCAAGAAAGUUAAGGCGUAGUUGUUCAAGCAGAAUAUGUGUUGGAAUUGCUUGACUGUCGGAAGCCCACUGACGUGCAGUUGUGGGCCCAUGAUGAAGAUGGGGUCUGCGGCAAACAGGGACAGAAAGCAGUCACCAGUUGAGCUAGAUAGUGAGGUCCAUAAGUAGCGUUUGCUGCAAACGAACACAAAUGGUUGCAGCAGGUUUCACUCUGCGCCCACGCUUAGGAUGAUGUUC